CAGACAGCGCCGGCACUUCGAAACGUCUUGGUAAGUCAAAGGGCGAUCACACUCCUCUCGUCUUAUUGUUGCAUCCUGCCUUCCUUAAAAGAGCAUGACCCUCCUGCUCGAACACGCUUUGAGUCUCGACAAGGGAAUGCCCUCAAUUACGUUUGUUUUGUUCGGUAAGUUCCUGGGGCAGAUGGUGCAUCACGGCGGGCGGAUCGCGGAUCGCGGAUCACGGAUCAUCGCAUUGCCAGUGACGACGCUGAGCGGCCGCAAUGACGGUGAUCCGUGCUUCUCCUUUACUGGGGGCUGUGUAAGUAUCGCUGGAACUUAGUAUGGGUAAACAGUUGGUCCUAUAUAAUAUCGAGGCGAACAGCACAUUUCUUCGGUUUAGCCUUGCCUGUUCCUCGCGCGGGACGUCUUUUCAGUUCUCUUCAACCACUUCUUCACAAGUACUUGUAUCUAGUUAGAGUUUUAAUAUUGAAUUAUCGUCAUACCCGGGUUUUAAUCGAACCGGCCGCUCGAACGCGUUCGUAGGAACCAGGAGUUUCUUGCAAAAUUUCCCGAUUUUUUUUUUGGCCGCCUUCUUUCUUCUCUUGCCUUCUCAUCGCCGCUCGUUACCCGACAAGGCCGAUCCGAUGAACGCCUCCGCCGCCCUUCGGGCCUCCUUCUACGGGCCGGCCGGUCCCCUCGGCCCCUCCCCGGCAGAUCUACUACGCGCGAGACGGCGCGCCACCGUUGCCGACGUCGAGGCUUUGGGCAAGCGGCAAACCAUCGUGCCAGUCGACUACGCCAACUACAGCUCGCAGUGCCGCAAGAUCAAGGAGGAGGCGGGCGAGGAAUCCAUAUUCGAUGUCGAGCCGAUGCCAGAGCCGCCCUCGGUCUUGGACCAGAUCGGCCGCAUGAUCACUAUCUGGCCGUACCGAGACGCCAACUGGGUCAUCGCGAUACUGUUCAUUGUCGGGUCGAUAGUGUUCACGGUCAACGGCUUCUUUGGGCUGCUGCCCCUCCUCGACCCGGCGACCGCGCUGCCUGCCGAGGCCCUGUACGUGGUGCCCGUCUUGAACAUCCUCGGCGCUGCCCACUUCCUUACUGGCGGCACCCUGUCCUUGGUCGCCAGCUGGAACGCCGACAAGGGGGAGUACGAGCCCGUCGAUAUCAUGACCGAGGGCGGCGUCACCAAGACUUACAAGCCGGCCUUGCUUGGCAGUAGGGCCUGGUCAUGGCGGCCCUCGGCCGCGGACCUGCGGGCGCUCAUACGUACGCCUCCUUUCCUGUCGUCCCUAGUCCAAUCCUUCGGGGGUCUUAUCCUCACCGUGAGCGUCGUCAGCGGUUGGCCCGGCAUCAUAUCUCCCGAAGACAUUUUCAGCAUGCAACUCUUCCUUUUUGGGCCCCUAACUAUAGGAGGGUUUCUGUUUUUCUUCGCCAACAUGAGUCUGCUCAUCUGGAUGCAGGAUCGUUGGUACAAGCCUAAGUGGGGCGAGGCGGGUUGGCAAUCAGCAUUCUGGAGUUCUGUGGGGUCUUUUAAUUUCGCAUACACCGGCAUCACUCUCUUCACGGGGGAUUUUCUCACGUCCUCGAUAGCCAGCUUCAUCGGUUCUUGGACCUUCUUGCUAGGUGCUGUCAUACAGUGGUAUGAUUUAAUGGCGUUCCAUCCGGACGCGUGGGCAGCAUGAGGCAGGAAAUGGGCUACAAUCUACAAAGUUGAUAUAUGUAUCGGUGUUUGUCUCGCUCUGGGUAUGAAGAGGUGAUACUAUGAUAUAGAAGGAAACAUGCGCGUGAUAACAAUGUAAAGAUUUAUGGAACAGCAUCUCUCAGUGUGUAUAACUUUUCUCGGUCUUCCCUGUCACUCCUAGUUAAAGAUUUUUCCUUUCUUUCCUAGCUAGUCAGUCAAUAUACC